GCACUGUUCAAACAGACUCCCGGCUCAGACACCUGUGCGGAGGAGGAGGGCCCGGCAGGCAGCAGCCUGGGCGCAGGUCCUGGGUGCUCACUCCUCGCCUGCUUCCCACCCUGCCCCCGCAGCUAGUCCCAAGGCCCUGGUGGCGUCCUGGCUGUGCCAUGCCCAGGAGUGGACUCUGUGGCUGCUGGGGUGGCCAGGCACUGCCCCUUCUGCUGGCCUACAUCUGCUACCUGCUGCUUGGGGCCACUGUCUUCCAGCUGCUGGAGAAGCAGGCAGAGGCCCAGUCCAGGCACGAAUUUCAGUUUGAAAAGCUGCGUUUCCUGGAGAACUACACCUGCCUGGACCAGCGGGCCUUGGAGCAGUUUGUGCAGGUCAUCAUGGAAGCCUGGGUGAAAGGUGUGAACCCCAAAGGCAACUCCACCAACCCCAGCAACUGGGACUUUGGCAGCAGUUUCUUCUUUGCAGGCACGGUCGUCACCACCAUAGGAUUUGGGAACCUGUCGCCCAGCACAGAGGCAGGGCAGGUCUUCUGUGUCUUCUAUGCCCUAGUGGGCAUUCCGCUUAAUGUGGUCUUCCUCAACCACCUGGGCACUGGGCUGCGUGCCCACCUGGCCACCCCUGAGAGGUGGGAGGACCAGCCCAGGCGCUCCCAGCUACUGCAGGUCCUGGGCCUGGCUCUGUUCCUGAUCCUGGGGACACUGGUCAUCCUCAUCUUUCCACCCUUGGUCUUCAGCCACGUGGAAGGCUGGAGCUUCAGCGAGGGCUUCUACUUUGCUUUCAUCACUCUCAGCACCAUUGGCUUUGGGGACUACGUUGUCGGCAUGGACCCCAGCAAGCAUUACAUCUCCAUGUACCGGAGCCUGACGGCCGUCUGGAUCCUCCUGGGCCUGGCCUGGCUGGCGCUGAUCCUCCCACUGGGCCCUCUGCUUCUGCACAGGUGCUCCCAACUCUGGCUGCACAGCAGGGGCCUUGGCCCCAAGGAUAGGGCAGCCCCUGACCCCAGUGGGCUCUCCAGACCUCAGAAGAUUCCCAUCUCUGCAUGAGGCCCCUGAGUGGCCCCAGUGACCUCUCCCAACACCCCCCCCCCCGCCCAGCUCACCCUAUAUACCCUGUGGCUUUCCUGCCCUGCUGCCUCCCCUCCCCACUCACUUCUCACCCAGGGCCAGUCUUGGGAGCUCCCCAGAGAGAGAAAAGAGACAGAUGUGCCCAAGAAAGUAACAGAGAGGAGAUGUAAAGAUGGGAUCAAAGACUUGUGUGUGGAUUGAGGCAUGCACCUUCAUCCCAGAGCACCUUCCCCUCAAAGGUAGCCUGGAAAAGUCAAAUCCGACGUGGGUCAUUGUAGCCAGACCUCCAUUCUACUCCCCAUUCCUCCCCCAGGACAGUUUAUACAAACAACAGGGGCGACUUCAUUUUUGCCUCAUUUGAUAUAUGCACAAUGUGCAUCUGCCAAGCCCCCACUGCAUGCAGGUACUACGCCUGGCUCUGAGGAUACAGCAGUGCAAGUCCCUGCCCUUGGCACGCUUUUGGCCAAGUGAGAGGAUUAGAAACGUAGAGGGGCAGCCCCAGGACAGCACCCAAGAUGUUAUGACAGGAACAGACCUGGAGGAUGAUGAGAGCCUUCCUGUGGGAGUGGCUGGCAGGGAGUUGGGCACAGCCUCCCUUGGAAUGUGCUUUCCUGGCCUGGCCUUUCCCCUGCCAGAUUGCAACACCUCUGGUCAGAGGGACAGGAGAGAUUUAGACUAGUCCGUCCCAAGGCCCAAUCUCACCAAGAACAGGAAACUUUAGCCCCAACCCACCACCCCCCAACAGCAAGUAUGCCCAUAGGGUGCUUGGAUCCUUCAGACAGGACUACAGCAAGGCUGUGAAGCAGAGGAGGCUCCAGGAAGGACUCCCAGGGAAGGAUCUACUGCAGCAAGGGAAACCCAGCUUACACCCCAGGACCUCCUGACAUCCAAGACUCUUCACACAUCCUGGACCCUUCGUCCAUUCUGAGUGGAGGGGAGACUUGGAGGACGUUCUCAGAAGCAGGAAAAGGACAAACCCCCCUUGCCUCCCAAGCUCAUGGGCAAGUUGCAGUCGGCUGGGGUCCUUCUUUGGGCGGACACAAAGGAAAGGACAACAGUGUGGGAGAUCCA